AUGGCAAUAAGUAAAGCAAUAAAAUACGUUAAAGAACAUUGCAGACAUAAUAUAACUAUAAAAUCUGACAGCCUCUCCACACUCUACGCAAUUAAAGAUCCGAAAACUACCUCAUCUAUUAUUGCAGCAAUUCAGAAAGAUUUGCAACUUAAUGUUUCAUUCAAAAUAACUCUAGAAUGGAUAAAAGGUCAUUCCAGAAUAUACGGUAAUGAAAUAGUGAACCAACUAGCUAAAGAGGCUGCUAUAGGCCAAGAUGCAGAAUUUAUAGGUAUCCCAUGGCCAACUUCUCAUCUAAAAAAGCAUCUUAUAUCAGUUGCCAUAUCAAACUGGCAAGACGAAUGGAAUAACAGUGAAACGGGUAAAAGAACACAUCAACACUUUGCCAGGGUAAACCCACAACGGCUAAUUGCAAACCCACAAUUAGUGCGCUUUGUUUCAGGUCACGGACCUUUGCCCAAAUAUUUCGAAAGGUUUGGUAUUUCAAACACGAGUACCUGUAUUUCUGGCCAGCUGGGAACACCUGAACAUUACGUUACUAACUGCCUACUCACUAAAGAUUUUCAUAUUAAAAUGCCAACAACAAAUAUUCAAGCUUUUGGUAAAUUCUUAGUGAAACAAAAAUGCACAGUGAAAAAAUCACAAAAGCAAUGGACAUCCUAA